UGUAUGCAACAAGUAUGGGAGUUCCAAAAUGGAGUCUGAUCACGUGAUCUGACAGACAGCCAGCUUUGCCCGUCCCACUUACCGCGUGAUUUCACAAGGUCCAUUUUCACGGAGACCACUGAUGCAGGCAAAGGCCGCCAUUUGACAUACGACGGACAAAACUAAUUCUAAGAGAUUCUGAACCAUCAAAAUGUCUUGGGACCCAUACAUCGACAACUUGGUUGCCCAAAGCAAGGAUGCAACUGGAACUGCUCAUGCAGACAAGGCAUGCAUUAUAGGAAUAGAUGGAGGUGCUUCAUGGACCUCUGAGGGUCAUGGGUGUGCAUUGAAACUUCAAGGGACUGAAGGAGCCGACAUUGCAAGAUGUUUUAAAAGCAAGGAUUUUUCACCUUUCAUGUCUAACGGUGUUAAAGUUGAGGGUACAAAAUAUCAGUUUCUUAGAGAAGAAGAUAGUAAACUUGUUUUAUGUAAAAAGAAAGGAGAAGGUGCAUUAACAAUUCAAUGCUCGAAGACAGCACUUGUUGUUGCACAUUGCCCAGAGGGAGGUCAGCAGGGUAGUACUAAUAAGGGAGUGGGAGUGAUCGCAGAUUAUCUUGAGAGUAUGAAUAUGUGAUUACAUCGGAGAAAUUCCUGAUCGCUGUUAGUACGCGUUAACCAUAUGAUGAUGCUGAACUCAUCUAAAGAAGUAAUCAUUUUGCACACAAAUUUGACUUUUAUCUCUAUAAUUAUUAUUCAUUCUGUAUUUGAAGUUCACAAAAGUUACCAACUGAUAUGAUUUUCUAGAAGAGGAAUACUUUCUUAGAUGUUGCUGGCUGAAUAGGAACUUUGAGGACUGAUUGCUCCUGCUUCGGUAAAUGGAAAUAUGUGAACUGCAAAUCGGCAAAUAAUGUAUAUUGACUUUAUAAACUCUUCAAGUUCAGCUGCUUAAUAAACUCCUUAUGCUGUCAAAUGUAGAUUUGUUGUGUUCUUCACAAUCCUUGAUAUGAUAAUGCACACGUGAACGAAAGAGAAUUAGAGGACAAUACAACAACGUGGCACUUCUGACAAUGAAGAUUGAGUUAAAAAAUCUACGGGAAAUUUUGACUACAGUGACUAAGUAAUUUGAUCAAAGAUUCCAAAUAGGUGGAAAAUUUAACAUUGACAAAUCCAGUACUAUAACAGGACAUUCUCUUCUAAAGAUUAAAAAUCAUGCUGUUGUUUGUCCAGGCCAGCAUAUGCUAAUAAAAGGUAGCAUCCCA